AUGAAAGAAGGGAUCUUGGAGUUCGAAAGAACAGGUCUGCGUUAUCUUCAAGAGACUUCGUCAGCUGUCCAAGAAAAACAAAUUUUAAUCUACACAUCUUAUGAGUGUAGUACUUCAAAGUCAGCAACACAAACAAAAAAGGAAGAAUCUUCUUUAACUAAGAUGGUUCUUAGAGAAAAAAAGAGUGUGAGUUAUACCGAACCAGAAACAGAUUCCGAUUCUUACGAAGAGAAGAAACUGAAAAAGCCUAAGAGAGUAGGAAAUACCCAUUUGAAAUCGACAGAAUCUCCACAUCCUGCGCUUACCCCAUCUUUAGAGGAAGAAGAAGUGUCAAUUGAUGAAGAUGUAUCAGAUGAUGAAAGCAAAAAACUUGCUGAAGUCGGUAAAGGAAUUGUGAGGUAUAAUGUCAUAUUCCUUCCUGAAAGUAAUAAAAAUGAUCUUUUACGUAUUACAUUCAGUGAAGAGUGGUAA